CGCGCCCGCGUGGGUGAGCCGCACCCCGGGCUCCACUGGGCCUCAGGCUAGGGCCACCCGUGGCGCAGACAACUGCAGGGAAUCGUCUUGAAGCACGGGCACUAGGAGACGCCGGGUUGCCGCCCAAGAGGCGGCUCGCUGGUUGUCCUGGCCGCCGCCGCCGCCGCCCAGACACUAAAGCUGCAGCCUGCGAGGUGUAUCCUUGUCUAGGUCUGCGGGAAGGGGGUUCAGGGAAUCCCUCCAUUGCAGCUCCCAGAGCCCAGCUCCUCGCUGUGCAGUUGUGAAAGGCCACGCGGGAGGGUUAGGGGUCAUCAGAGUGGCAGUAACCCGCCCUAGGCCGCCUGUGCUUGGGAAUUUCGAGAAGAACCACUUCCAGUCUGGAGGCCGAUGUGAACGUUGGGCGUGUUGUGAGUGGGUCUGUGGUCUGUAGAAGGCUAGAAAAGAACAAAAUCUGUUGCCAGUCCUCCCCUAAAGAGACACCUGGAGCUGAAAGCCUCAAGAGCGAGCGCUCACGCCCCUAUCUCUGGUCCUACCAGCGUCCACCUCCCCGCCCCACAGCCGAUCUGUUUAAACAUAUUUUUGCAAGUUCUGGAGUUCUGGCUGUAUGAGGGUGCUCCUGGAUCCCUUCUCUCCUGCUGCAUGCUCUGCUAGAAGAAGAGAGAGGCAUGCCCUGAAACCUACCCAACCGGCUGCCUCCCAAGAAGGCGGUACUUAAUUUAAGAGCAGAGUCGGGUUUUCAGAGUUGUUAAAGUGGCCUCAGCCUCUAGGGGCCCCCAGGUUCUGGUGCUGCAGGAACAUGCCUGAGGGCGGGAGGCUGUGAUCAUAGGAGGAUCAUGCAACUGUGAAGCCUCCCAGCAGAGGUCUGGCCGUGUCCUCAGCAGAGGCGGACAAGCCCCGUCAGGCAGCGUCAUCAUGCUGCAGCAGCUCCUGAUCACCCUGCCCACCAAGGCCAGCGCCUGGGUGAAGCUGCACCAUCCAAAGAAGGCCAAGGAGGGGGCGCCCCUGUGGGAGGAUGUGACUAAGAUGUUUGAAGGAGAAGCUCUGCUACCUCAGGAUGCUGAUGAGACCCAGGGAGAACAUUCAAAGGAUGAAGGGACUUCUGGGGCUCAAACAGCAGAAUCCCAGGAACAGUUGACCUUCAAGGACAUAUCUGUGAACUUCAGCCAGGAGGAGUGGGGCCAACUGACCCCUGCUCACCGGAGCCUCUACCGGGAGGUGAUGCUGGAGAACUAUGGGAACCUGGUCUCUGUGGCAGGAUAUGAACUUUCCAAACCUCGGGUGAUUUCCAAGUUGGAGAAAGGAGAAGAGCCGUGGAUACCAGAGAAAGAAGGCCCAGGACAUCACAGUUCAGACUUGAAGAGUAAAACAGAAACCAAUAUGUCAACUGCAAAGAACGAUAUUUUACAGGAAGAGUUAUAUCAAGGCAUCAUGAUGGAAAGGUUCGUGAGGGAUGAUGUUAUUGACUCCACAUUGAGAACAGUCUCCAGAUACAGUGAUGAGUUAGAAAGGCAUCAGGACACCCAGGGAAGAAAUGUGGGACCAGCAAUCUUGACCCAUAAGAAGAGAGGCCAAGAAACUAACAAAUUUGGGGAAAAUAUUGUGAGUUCAAAUGUUAUUAUAGAACAGAGGUACCAUAAGUAUGACACACUUAGAAAGAGGAACAAAUACAAAUUAAAUCUGAUUACCCAUACAACAAGUUAUAUAAGAGCAAAAACCUAUGAGUGUAACAUAUGUGAAAAAAUCUUCAAACAACCCAUUCAUCUUACGGAACACAUGAGAAUUCAUACUGGUGAGAAACCUUUCCGAUGUAAGGAAUGUGGCAGGGCCUUUAGUCAAAGUGCGUCUCUUAACACCCACCAGAGAAUCCAUACCGGUGAGAAACCCUUUGAAUGUGAAGAAUGUGGCAAAGCUUUCAGACAUCGCUCCUCCCUUAAUCAGCAUCACCGAACUCACACUGGGGAGAAACCCUAUGCAUGUGAUAAAUGUCAGAAAGCUUUCAGCCAGAACAUUAGUUUGAUCCAACAUCUGAGAACUCAUUCUGGAGAGAAACCCUUUACAUGCAACGAAUGUGGGAAGACCUUUCGACAAAUUCGACACCUUAGCGAACAUGUAAGAAUUCAUACUGGGGAGAAGCCCUAUGCGUGCACUGCAUGUUGUAAAACCUUUAGUCAUAGAGCAUAUCUAACACAUCACCAGAGAAUCCAUACUGGGGAGAGACCCUACAAAUGUAAAGAAUGUGGGAAAGCCUUUAGGCAGAGGAUCCACCUUAGCAAUCAUAAAACUGUUCAUACAGGAGUGAAAGCAUAUGAGUGCAACCGCUGCGGAAAAGCCUACAGGCAUGACUCAUCCUUUAAGAAACAUCAGAGACAUCACACUGGAGAAAAACCUUACGAAUGUAAUGAAUGUGGAAAAGCCUUCAGCUAUAAUUCAUCACUUACUCGGCACCAUGAAAUACACAGGAGGAAUGCCUUCAGAAGUAAUGUGUGAGAACAGAUUAUCCAACAUGAGAACCAAAGCCAAGUCUAAAUCAGUGAUUCUACGCUUUUAAAUUUCAGGGCUCUAAAUUGGAGUUAUUGAUAUAAUGAUACCAACUUCUAAUUUUGCCCAUUUUGUAUAUAAAUGCUACAUUGAUAACUAUUAUCUACGAAUACCUCUAUACAAAGUCCUUAAUCAAGAAUAAAGGAUGGUUCUUCCAAUUAAAUUUAGCUAUAUGGGAAAUUCACACAUUAUUAUUAUUUUUCUGAUUUUGUGGUGAAUUAAUAAAUAAUUAUUCAUGGGCCUUCACUGAUUUACAGGUUGGCAUUUGGGAACAACUGUUUAAAAUGUCAUCAUCUCACAUGUUUUAAAUUAGAAUUUUAUUUUUUUAAUGAGGAAAACUGUCACAUGGCACAAAGUUCAAAAAGCACAGACCUCCAUUCCCACCAUCAGAUUCUACCUAAAGGCAGCCAUUUUUUUAUAACUAAAACUUUUUUUGUGUAUCUCUCCAGAGAAUUUUCUAUUUAUAUCCUAGAGAAUACAAAUAUACGGUUUUUCUUUUUAAGCAUAAAUGGCAACCUCCUAUACAAGUGCAUUUGCACGUUCCUUUUUUUACUUAACCAUAUACCAAGGAGGUCAUUCCACAUCUGUGGAUAAAUUGCCAGUUUAUUCUUUUUAUAGCCACAUAAUAUUCCCUGUUUUGAAUGUAUGUUUAUUUAGUUAGUCUACUAUGGAUGGACUUUUGGAUUUCCAAUCUUUUGUUUAUAGAAUGUUGCAAUGAAUAGUCUUACAUAUUUUCAUUUCUCAUACAUGCAAGUAUAUAUGUAAGGUAUGUUCCUAAAACUGGAAUUUCUGUGCUAGAGGGUAUAUGCAUUUGUAUGAUGGCCAAGUUGACUUUCAUAGUGGUUGGACCAAUUGAUUUUCCACCAGCAAGAGACAAAACUUCAUAUCCGGUGCUGAAGCAUCUCUUAGACCAACACACUUAUCAGCCAUCAAAGAAGUAUCAGCUUGUCUCAGUGACAUAGCCUAGAAGUACCAACUGAGCUGCAUCCAGAAAGAUCAGCACUUGCCAUCCCUGGAGCCAGAGAGGAGUCUGCAUCUUAUCUAAUAGCAGUGAAGCCCAUCAAAUUUUAGCUGGUGGAAGAGAGGACAUUUUUCCAUCAACAACUCUAGUGCCUGGGAGACAGGAAAGAGAGAGGACACAACUUUCUGAUUAAUAAACAAUGAAUGACAGCAUUAAUCAGUUAACAUGGCUCAUUAUGUUGUGAAAACAGGAGGGUCAGGACUGCAGUGAUUUUGUACAUGCUCAUUUUUAAAUCUGGUAAAACUUGAUUAAAGUUUUUAUGAUACUCCAUUUACUG